UCACAGGGCAUUGGGAAACACAGACAGAAAGUCAAGUGAAGAGAAACUUCAGAUAUGAGCUAUAUUCUCCGAACAGCUUUUUAGUCACUUUCCCAAAAAUUUUAUUUAUAUUACUGCUUCUUCUGAAGUAAUUAAAAGGGUAGUUGUGGUUUUUUUUUGUUGUUGUGUUUGUUUUUUUUUUUUUCAAAUAACUUUGAUAAUGAAGCUGAGUGUGGGGAUAUUUUUUGGAGGCUUCUUUGCAGCUCUGGGGGUUUUGCUUUUUUUGGUGGCAUUUGGAACUGAUUACUGGCUUCUUGCUACAGAAGUAGGAAGGUGUUCAAAAGCACCUGAGGAUGCUGGGGGAGAGAAGGCCACUUUCCAUCAUGAAGGUUUCUUCUGGAGAUGCUGGUUUAGUGGAAAUGUAGGAGAGAAUAAUGCCAGCAUGUGGAAUUUCUGGUAUACUAACCAGUCACCUUCUAAGAAUUGUACACAUGCUUACAUCUCACCAUUUCCUCUUAUCCGAGAUGAACACAACUCAACCUCCUAUGACUCUGCAAUCAUUUAUCGAGGUUUCUGGACAGUUCUUAUGCUCCUGGGAGUUCUCACUAUUGUGAUGGCUAGUUUCUUCAUCAUCUGUGCAGCUCCUUUUGCCAGCCACAUUCUGUACAAAGCAGGAGGAGGCUUCUUCAUCAUUGCUGGUGUCUUGUUUUCACUGGUAGUCGUGAUGUAUGUCAUCUGGGUCCAGGCGAUGGCUGAUCUGGAAAACUACGCAAACAUGAAAAAAAUGGAUUGCCCAGACUUUUCUGUUUAUGUACGUUAUGGCUGGUCUUUUAUGCUGGCUCCUAUAGGAGUAUUUUUUGCUUUACUAAUGCUGUUCUUGUUGGUAGGGCGUGCCAUUUAUUUACACUCAGACUAGUUGUACACUGCUGAAGUAACUACAGGAAUCCUAGUGAAACUUCAUGACAAUUGUAAACUGGAACACAAUUUUAUACAUUAUCACCAUUAUGGCAAUCCUAAGUGUGCAGGCAGACUUCUGGAAUUUCUUCUAUUACUUGUUAAAGGGUAAAGGACACGAAAUUCAAUACAGGAAGGAACCACCUUUAGUCCCAACUAGUUGUUUUUAAUUCUUUAGAAAGUACACACAUGGUUCUCCAUGUUGUACUAUUAGCAGCAUUUUUAUAGUUUUGCAAACAGAGGAAGGCAAAAAUUUUCUGCAGACAAAAGCCCAACAUGAAGUGGGCCAAAUCAACAUUUUAUAAAUUUGUCUUUUAACAUUUACUUUGUGCUUCUGCUUGU